AUGUCAGGCCACCAUCACCAUGACCAUGGCGGACAUUGCCAUGGAGAGGAUGGGCACGACCAUUCCAAUGAUAUCACCCCGGCCAUCCAGUCCCUCCUCUACUCGCAGAUUCAAUUUGAUUCCAUCACAACGUUGAACGAAGCAAGCCCCAAGUCCGGCGCUGCUAUCGUUCAGAAAACAUGGUCUGAACGACUGAACGAUCAACCGGAGCUCGAAAGCGACGCGGAUGAGCAACUGCUGAUGUACAUUCCGUUCACCGGUCAGGUCAAGGUGCAUUCCAUCCUCAUCUAUACCGCGCCAACUCCCUCUGCGCCCAAAACCUUGAAACUCUUCAAGAACCGAGAUGAUCUAGACUUUGCCACUGCGUCGGAUCUCUCCCCCACGCAGACAGUUGAGAUCCCCCAACCCGUCCCGGGUGCUGAUGUUUUUGAGAUCCCUCUCAACCGCGCUCAUUGGAACACGACCACGUCGAUCACCUUGUUCUUUGAGGACAACUGGAGUGACGGCGAGGAAGAUGUGACCAAAGUCGGUUACAUCGGCUUCAAAGGCCAGUUUAUGGCGUUGAAUCGAGAGCCGGUCAGUUUCUUGUAUGAAGCGGCAGCGAACCCCGGUGACCAUGUCGCUAUCCAAGGAGUGAAUGGUAUCGGCGGGAGGAUUAUGCCUGGACAGUGA